UCAAGGCGAACAGUUUGUGCUAGACAGAACGCGCUGGUGAUUUUAUAAAAUACAUAUACAAAUGUGUAUAACAAUAUUUACAAAAAUAAUAUAAUCAAAGUAAACAAUAAAACGAGUUCAAGUGACGAUCACGUCAAGGCGAGAAACAACAAAAAAACCAUUUAAUUCUGUGAUUCCUCAGAAGUUCGAAAUAUGAUAAGCGUUCGCUUUGUAGUGUUGUUGGGGUGCUUUGCACUUGGCCAGGCGACAGUGGCUUCGUGCGGUACUGUGCCAGCCGCAACACCAUCGCAUUUGCCCGCCACGCUGCCACCUCCUAUUCCAAGCGGCAUUUUCUCCACGCAGCCCAACAUCAUGAUCGGUGGUUUCGAUGACUUCGACGACUAUGUGCCAUACCGUAGUGACACAUUGGACCACUUUUCGUGGUCUCUGCUGAAGUUGGUGCUGCACGAAGAGCCCGGCAACGUUAUCAUCUCACCAUUCAGCGUUAAGUUAUCGUUGGCGCUAUUAGCCGAGGCUGCCGGCAAUGGUUCACAGACUCAACGUGAACUAUACAGCACACUGACGGACAUCAAGCAGCCGGAAAACUUGCGUGGCUUCUAUAAAAAGACACUCAAUGUGCUAAAGAAGGAGAAUCCCUUUUACACGCUAAAUUUGGAGUCAAAACUGUUCACCGAUGUGGUCGUUGAGCCGCAUCAGCGGUAUGCUGCAAUGCUGAUGAGCUACUAUAUGACUGAUAUUGAGCGUUUAGACUUUGCGAACGCAAAAGUUUCUGCGGAUGCGAUUAACAACUGGUGCAGUAAUGCCACAAAUGGUCGCCUAAAGCAACUGGUCAACGAGGGCAAUAUACAAAAUAAUGUCUUAUUGAUGGCGAAUGUGCUGUACUUUAACGGAGUGUGGCGUCACCCUUUCAAUAACACCUUCGAGGGUGUCUUCUUCCAAACACUGCAGAGACAAUUGCGCGCCGACUACAUGGAGCAGACUGACUUCUUCUAUUACAACAGCGAUGAGGCAUUGGAUGCGAAGAUUUUGCGUUUGCCUUAUAAAGGCAAAAAAUUCUCAAUGUUCAUUUUGCUGCCCAAAACAUUGGGAAAUAUUGAGCAACUACAACAGAAUCUGGUCAAUGACCAGCUGAAACGCAUGCAGUGGGCAAUGGAGGAAGUGAAGGUGAAGGUAACAAUGCCGAAGUUUAAAUUCGAUUUUGACAAAAACUUGAAGCCAACAUUGCAACAAUUGGGCAUCAAUGACAUCUUCACGAGUGAGGCCUCGUUGCCAGGUUUAGCGCGUGGUGCGGCCGUAGCUGGCGUAUUAAAAGUGUCCAAUAUAUUCCAGAAAAGCGGCAUUGAUGUGAAUGAGAAAGGCACCGAAGCGUUUGCCUCAACUGUGGUGGAGAUUGAUAACAAAUUCGGCGGCGUACCGCUCAUCGAAGAGUUCAACGUGAAUCAACCGUUCAUUUUCUUCAUUGAAGAGGAAGCAACUGGAAAUAUAAUUUUCGCCGGCAAAGUUUUACAGCCAGAGGUUUAAGGUGAUAGUGUAAUGUUGUUUGGUGUGUAUAAGUGUGUAGUAAUAUAAGUGUAAUUCAUGUAAUUAUCAGUAAUUAACAUUUCCAGCCAUAAAACGUGAAUGACAUGCCGCAAGCGUGGAAGUUUAAUAAUCGAAUAAUUAGCAUUAUUUUUAAGAAUUUUUUUUAGGUUUGUAUUUAAGUGAGAAGAGACACACAUUUCUUUCUAUACUCGUUCCAUAUGGAACUACUUACUUAAUUCUAAGAACUAACGCUAAUUUUAAAACGUCCAUAUUAUUGCAGUUUAUUACUGCUGAUUUUUACUUUGAAAUGCGUGAUAAGUUUAUGAAG